AUGAAGGUUUUGUUUCCUGUUAAUUUUCUUGUUUACCACAAGUAUGAGCAACACAAUAAUGCCCGACAAUCUGAAGCUCAUCCCUUGACCGAAUUUCACAAGUUUCCCCUCCCACUCAAGCUUCGACGACAGAUAUGGAAUUUAGCCUUCGCAAACGAGGACACUCCUGGUCGACACAUCCGAGUCAACGCCUUUCGACAUAUCCACGAGGGGAAGUCUGUUGCACCAUUCUACCGUUACUUGGAGCCCAAUGGAAUAGAGCGUGAGCCACUGCUUCAAAUCUCAGUCGACAGACUUUUUGCUGAAUAUUCACGGCCUCCACAUCUCAGACUUUCUGAGACCUGCCGAGACGCCUUUGCGGCGAGUCAUGAUCAUUACUUGAAGAUGGAAAGCGAAGAACCGAGUGCAUGGCGGAAGUAUUCAGAGUACUGUUGUAAGCUCAGCUUGUGGCCAGCGGAUCUGACAACGGCUACGAGUCGUUUGGUUAUCGUGUCCCAAACACCAGAAUCAACAGCCACUCUGAUCGACUUCGAAAGGGAUACCCUUUUCCUCGACAUUUUUACUCUUGCUCUGCACGGAGAAUGAAUUGGGGAGCACGGAUAGUGUUCGAGUUAUUCGACAGAUGGAAAAAGGAACAUGUUUCCAACAACUUGCGGUUCUUGGCCGUGCCUGUCCUAGCAUUUCAGGGGUCUCUGGAUGAGGACGAUGGGAAGACAAGCAGAGUUCUCUUCACAAGGUUCACGGGUUUGAAGGUCUUGGGAUUGAGUUUAGAACCAUACUGGUAUAUUCGCACGCACACUGGUGCUGGAUUCUUGCCUUGUGAGGUUGUGAGAGGCCACACGAAGAGUGACACCAAAGCUGGAAACAUUCGAAACGCAAUAUACUGCAUGGAGAACGCCAGCAGUAUGCUUGGAUGAAGGAAAAGUGGACAUGCGGUAUCCGAAGAAUGAAGAGUAUAAACUAUAUAGAUUGAGAGUGCACAGACUUUGAGUGAGAAUUUGCUUCUUACUUUCGACAGCCGUACUGUGAUUCGGGCUUCAAACUUCAGGCCUCAGACUCCUGAGUAGCC